CCCAACCAUGUCCUCCAUUUAAACUCACUCGAGAUACCUAGAAGAAAAUGACAGAAGGAAGCAGGUAGAGAUAACAGUGGUAGAGGAAGCGUCUCCCUCGUCUCCUCUUCCUCCUCGUUCUAUUAGAGUGACGAAGAAAAGGAGAACAAAGAUGGCUCUUUUGCCUCUCUUUGACCCUCUGUGUUGCCAAGAAGAGAGCUUGGAGCUGGAAGAAGAACGGACAGGACCAUUGUCGCCCGUCCACCUCCUCGAGGACUGGGCGGCGGUGGCCGAGGAGGAGUGGGUGGAGGCGCUUUGCUCCUUGGCGACCAGAGAAGGGGAGACCCGGCUGCCUGACGGCCGCGGGGAACACACGUACCUGCUGUCGGCAAGGAUGGAGGCGGUGGAGUGGGUGGCUCGCGCCUCGGAGCGCCACUUGUUCUCCGCCCUCACGGCGCUGCUUGCCGUCGACUACCUGGACCGGUGCUUCCUCACCUCUUCCGUAGCUGGCGGGCUCCGGCUUCAGCAGGACAAGCCGUGGAUGGGGCGGCUGGCGGCUGUGGCCUGCCUGUCUCUGGCAGCGAAGGUGGAGGAGACCCGCGUUCCCCUGCUCCUUGACCUGCAGCUGUCGUUAGCCGCGGCGACGGCGACGGAGCCGGAGGACAACAAGUUCGUGUUCGAGGCCAAGACCAUCCGGCUGAUGGAGCGACUCGUGCUCUCUUCCCUUGGGUGGCGGAUGAACCCCGUCACGCCGCUCUCGUUCAUCCACCACCUCCUUCCUCGACUCUGUCCCUGUUCCAAAGACAAGAACGCGAUCUCCACCACAACCGCCGCCGCCCGUGUCCGAGAUCUGGUUAACGGGUGCGAAGCUAUUCUCCUCUGCGUCAUAGCCGAUCGGAGAUGGAUCCGCUAUCCUGCAUCCAUUUGGGCCGCGGCGGCGCUGUCCGCCGCUUCGCUGGAGUCCCACGAGACCCACCACCUCAUCUCUUUCCUCAACGUUCCAAAGGUUGGAUUCUUCUCCCAUGUCUGGUUCCCCAUUAACUGCUCCGUUGUCAUCAUCUGCUCACCGAUGGAAGUAAUCCAUCUGCAGGACAAAGUGGACGAAUGCUAUCAGCUCAUCAUGGAACGAGGAAUCCAUGGCGGUAAGCGAAAGCAUUCCUCUGCCUCCUCGUACUACGCCUACAGUUCACCAGCAAGUCCAAGCGAGAGUUCGUCGAGCGGCGGCGAUUGCUGGUCAAGGUGGCCAACCUCGGGCUCACCUUCGCCGGAGAUUCGCCCUCUCAAAAGGCCAAACUGCAGCAGCGGCGGCAAGACCUUCGGAGACAAUGAACUCUGCUCCUGUUCCAAUGUAAAUAGAUUAUGAUCCGGCACUCGUACUAACUACUGCACUCCAUCUCUGUUCUCCUUAUAAUCGGCACUGUUCUUUCCUCGUUGUUGUGAGGAAUGCUCGUCUUCA